AUGACUUCUACGUGGAUUCACUUGCUUCUCUUGGGCAGUCUCUGCUCUGGUGUAAUCCCAGCUCCUUUGGAUACUCCUUAUGAGGAGCAGGAUCCCGAGCUGACAGCAGGAUAUUUCGAGGGGGAUAUGGAUGUGGUGCUUGGGCGGAAUGGACUUUUACCGCCGACACGCCGAUGGCCAAAUGCCAAAGUACCUUACAGGAUAUCUGAGGAGUUUGACCCUCUCCAAGUGGCCCACAUAGAGCUGGCCAUGAAAAUCAUCGAACGUUCCUCCUGCAUUCGCUUUGUGCGCGCCGCUAAAGAUGCGGAGGACUAUCUGCAUGUGAUCACCUCUACGGAUGGUUGCAGCUCCCAGGUGGGCUAUGAACCUGGCGUGCGAAUCUUAAGGCUCAUACCUGCCGACCUAGACGUACGCUGUUUCAGAUUGGGCACACUCCAGCACGAGCUUCUCCAUACCCUGGGAUUCCGCCAUCAACAGUGCUCUCCUGAUCGCGAUGAGUACGUGAGAAUCUUGGAGGAGAAUAUCAUCGAUGGUAAAGAGAAGUUCUUCCUCAAAUACGACUCCUCCGAGCUGGAAAACUUUGAUCAGCCCUACGACUAUGCCAGCAUUUUGCACUAUGGUCCCAAGGCCUUUCCGGCAAAUGGAAAGCCCACGAUUGAGGCCCUGAGUCCCGAAGGUCAGAGCCAAUUGGGCCAGCGUCUGAUCAUGACUGAAAUGGAUAUCAAUAGACUAAACAUAAUGUACAAGUGUCCAAGUCCAUUGUAA